CCGUUGACGCCCCUCACCUUGUGCGCUGCGCUCCGCUCCGCUCCCUUCCUUUCCUCUCCCCGCUAUGGCCCCCGCCCGGAAGAAGGCCGCCCCCCGGCCCGGGAAGGCCGCUUCGGCGCGCAACGUGAAGCUCGCCGCCUUCCUCCAGGAUUUCGACCGGGAAGUUGAAAUCAGGUCCAGACAAAUGGAAUCAGAAGCCCAGAACCUUAGAAAGGAAGUGGAGGAUCUAUUCAACGUCGAGAUCCUCCGUCUCCCCCAGACUCUGCGAGAGAUGAACUGGCUCGAUUACAUGGCUCUGGGAGGAAGCAAGCGGGCUCUGGAAGACGCAGCAACGGCUGAGCUGGACCUUUCUGAAAUAAACAAGCUCACAGAGAUUCAGACGCCCUUGAAACCCGUCAAAGCAAAGAAAACGGCUGAAGAAGUUGUCGUAAUUAGCAAAGAACCAGAGCUUUAUCCUCAAACCACCAAGUCUCGUGCCAAAAAGUGUCCUCCUAAGAGGAAGAGAGCGCCUUCAGUAAGAACAAAUAGCAGAACUAAAAGGGCGGGCUCAAGUAAUCUAAUCACUCCGGCCACUGGCAGAAGCGACUCCUCCGUGUUGGGGAUAACUCCGAGCUUCACGUCCCGCUUUGAUUCCAGUAUCUUCAAGACCCCAGGACUGCGGACUCCCGCCGCCAGAGAGAGGAUCUACAACAUCUCGGUCAACGGGAGCCCCCUGGCUGAUCACAACGAGAUCUUCCUCACCGUGCCCGUGGGAGGCGGGGAGAGUAUGCGUCUGCUGGCCAGUGAUUUGCAAAAAAUGGAUCUGGCACGUCUGGAUCCAGAAGCUUUGGGAAACAUCAAGAAGUUAUCGACUCGACUUGCGCAAAUCUGUACCAGUUUAAAGCCUCAAAAAUGAAACUCCAGGAUUCUUGGAGACCCUCAAGCCACUCAGCCAUGGGAUCUGCACUUCCACUCCCAAAGCAAUCACCGUCUCUUGGUUUCUCCUCACUGGGCUUGUUUGCUGGGUGCGAAGUUCUGGUAACUUGUCAAUCACUGGGAAGACCAAGUAAGCUCUCCCCGCUCACCUCCCAUCAUCCCCCAUUCUUAUCCCUCGUGCCGCCGAGGAAACGGUGAGAGUGGCGAACAGACUUUGGGCCGCAGCUUUGCAUUCCCCACUGUUGAUGAGCCAAGUUUUUUGGAUUUAGCCCCAGUUUGUGUUUUAUGUGGAAAGAGUAUCCUCCCUGUCGGAGCUUUUUCCCACCCCCAUCCCUUUCGAGGCAGCCGCCGUCCAGCCCUACAGCCCGAAGGCUCGAGGUUGCAUCUCCCACUUCUAUCCAGCCGUCUUCCCCUUCCCACACCUGCCCUGGGACCUGAAAGCUAGAGCCUUUUGCAGUCAGGUGUACCACAUUCCCUUCCUUUCGUAUACUCGUAGUAUCCCCCGGUGAAGUCUUUGUGUUCCUGUAGACAGAGAGUACUGUGUCCCCAGAGGUCUUGCCCCGAGCCUCGUAAAAUGGCCUUGUGGACUAAGGAAAUGCUGAACUCUGAAGGGACGCUGACUAUUAAAACGUUGCCCGGGGAGGUGGAGUAAAUGUCCACAUGCAGCUACUAGGGUUUCAUUAACAGAGGGUUUAGCAGACCACAGUCUGCCUUGACAGAGUUGUCUUUGUUCUCUAUAUUUGUGCUUUAUUACUUGAGCACUUUUGGAAACCUGAUCCUGUACAGAUUUGGAUUUUAUUGUUUGCUAUCCUUUUUCCUAAUUAAACAAUGAUUUUGUAUAUAGUUCA